AUGGAGAAAAAUGAUAUAAUAAUCAAUCGAUUGUUAUUCUCUGGUCAAAUGUGUACUCUUCAUAAAAUUAAAAUUGAAGUAUAUGAUGGACUCUCAUUAUAUAAAUGUUUAAUUCCUCAUCAAUCUCUUCGUCAUGUUCAUAUUAUUUUACAAACAAUUGAUGAUUUAUAUAUAUUACUCAAUGGACUUAUACCAAAUGUCGAAACAAUGAUUGUUCAAUUGCAUCAAUCACGUAUAUUGAUUAUUGAUGAUAUUGAAUGUAUUCUUGGUUAUAUGACUGAUCUUCGUAAGUUAACAUUAAAUAUUCGUGAUACACCUGAUUCAAGAUUUUCUAAUGGAGUAACAAUGGAAUCAAUCUUAAAUAAAUAUGUUCCACAUCUUUAUCAAUUUAAUUAUACAAUGACUCAUCGAAUUAGUGAUAAAACAUUAAUUGAAGAUUUUAUUCAAUGGACAAUGAAUUAUAUUUUUUAUGAAAUAGAAGAUACUAAAUGGAUACAUAUUUAUUCAUUACCAUGGCCAUCAACUAGAGAAGACAAACGAGAAAUACCUGUCGUUAAUGGUCAAUAUAAUAUAUCAGUUACAUCGGAUGUUAAAUUUGCUCUAUAUAUGAAUGAUGUUAAUAUUGCAAGAGAGAAUGAAUUGUUAGAGAUGAAUAGAGUAUUUAGUCAAGUUCGUCAACUUCGAACAUGUUUAUCAAUUAAUAUGAUAUUGCCACAACGAAUUUCGAAAUUAAUUCUGACUGUUAGUUCAAUAAAUAGUAUUCCACAACCUUCAAUUCAUCAUUUGAUUAUUGAACGUCGUUUAAUAGAUGAAAAAGAAAUAAAUACUCUUGCUCAUCAAUUUCCACAUGUUAAAUAUUUAGAAUUAUUAUUUCCAUUGGAAAAAGAUUCUUUUCUUCGUUGUUUCAAAACUCUUUUCAGUCUUGAUAAUACUACUGGAAAACGUUCCUUUUGGUCUGAAAUGGUUUAUUUUCGCACGGUCA